AUGAUCAUUUCGAAGAAAUCAUACCUCGAGAAACAGGAACUUUCACCUCAGGUGAAGGAGAUGAUCGAGAAGCUCACCAACUGCAGUUUGGACGAGUUUAUUCUGGCGGCUGAUUCCAAAUCAAAGGAGCUUUGGAAUGGCCUCAGAAUCGAUCUGUAUCAUUAUAUUCCCCUCUUGAACAGAAUGGACGAGCUUUUGGAACAACAUGUCAAGAAGUACGAUCUUGAUAAGGAGUAUCCGAAACUGUUGAUGGUCAACUCGGCCGACGAGAAACUUGUUUGCUCCGUUUUGAACUAUACAUACUCUUUACUCGAGCAUUGUUCCAAUAAGGAGAUUUACAACUCUGCUUCCCAUGUUUUUGAGCUCAUUUUCUCAUGCUCGAUGGUCGUCAGAGUCACUGCUCUGAGACUGACUUGCUUGCUGUGCGAGAGAUUUGCAAUUGUUCAGAAUAGUAAAUUCUCCCCACCGGCACGGGUCAGAAACGCCCUCUUGAAGCUCGCUACUUCGUUCCCGCCCCUAGUGGCCCCAAUGUACUCGUCACCAUUACGAAUCGAUACUCAUGGUCACAAAAAACACAAAAAGGAGAAAGAUCACAGCUCCUCCUUGGUCCAUAUCAGUCUCUUGGACUGUAUCAACGUGGAGUCCCAAUUGCCAUCAAAGUGGAAAAUUUUGGAUUUCAAAUAUUACAACGUCUCGCCAGAUACAAAGAAGAAGAGACCAACACAAGCUUUGUCCCAGACAGCCCCAAGUCAAGAAAGUCCGUCGAAGAAGAAAUCUAAACAGAUUUUCAACACACAGACAAAGAGAUCUAAAAAUGAAAGUUCAAAUCUGGCAAGCGAGGAAGAAGGCUUGCAUCAUUUUAUCCUUAACGAAGAUACGAUCAAGAAGCUCUCAUAUCAGCAAAUAUACGAUAAAGCAGUCAAUGUGAUUCCUAAAGACAACCAAUUUGAUUUCGUUCUUGCAGUGCAUAUUGCGAAAGCAUUUAAUAACAAAUCCUACGAAAGUGUGCAAUUGAGACAAAGCCUUGUCACCAUGAAAUGUUUAUCUGUGGCUGCGGCUUCGUGCUGCUGUUUCUACUCGGUCAUGGCAAGUUCUGUUUUUGAUGAAGAACCGUAUUUGCUUAGUUACAUGGCUGAUUUGAUCAAUCCAGAUAAUAUCGUGCCUUUCGAGCCAUCUUAUGCUGCACUACGUGCUUUUGUGAGCAUUUCUGCCAAAAAGAAUGGUGGCAGUGAUCUAAUGAGAGCACUGGGAGGUAAUGUCAAUCACGGACUUUUAUUUCAUAUCUUGCGCUCGGUUUUGAAGGCUGCAAAGGAGGAUAGAACAGAUAUGGACCAUUCAUAUCUCAACUAUUUCUUUAAUUUGAUUGCAAACUUAAUCGACAAUAAGAAUUUGGUGGCUCAUCUACGUACUGCUGGAUUGAUGGGCAUCCUUCUAGAGUUUUUACCACUCAAGAACUCCUUUAGAAUGACCAGAUCAGGGCCAUUGCAAUUGAUUGACCUUUUCCUGAAGUCGUUGCCAGACAUUCUAGACAGCUUCAUUGCCAGCAAUGGGUUUACAAUCAUGACUGAUCUUCUUGCGUACGAAGUGGAUUUUGCGUUGGAUAAUCUGGACUAUGAUGGUGGAGCUCCUAAAGAUGUUAUUGUCUCUCAUAAAAUCAGUGUCCGUCAAGUGAAAACGAUAAACUCACUACUGAAACUUUUCUUCCACUUGAUUAUUCACCACCAAGGCGACCGCAUGCGCAAUUUGUACGAUUCGCCAAUUCUGAAAAGCUUGAUCAAGAUUAUCAAAAACCCGACAGUCUUUGGUUACGAGUUACUUACAGACACAAUCAACAUCAUGACGGGAAUCAUCAACAAUGAGCCAACAGCAUAUGCCAUCCUCAAUGAGGCAGGCUUCAUCAACGCAUUCUUUGACGAAUUCGAUGGACUUUUGGGAAGAUCUGCAGAGCUGCUUUUGACUAUACCAGAUGCUAUUGGAGCAAUAUCCCUAAACAAGGAGGGAUUGCAAAGAGUCAAGUCCGAAGACCUGAUUGGAAGAUUCUUUGGAAUUUUCAAACAAGCGGCUCUUUGCAAGGAGCUGUUGCGUGAGGAGAAUGCAUCUCCACUGGGAUUCAUGUUUGAUGAACUUGCAAGACAUCACCCUGAGCUUGAACCUCAGGUGAAAAAGCAGCUGCUGCUUCUUUUACAAAACACCCCGGAUUUAGUCAAAUUUGCCCCACUGAAAUUCCAUCAAUCUCCCAAGGGUUCUCUCUAUCGUUCCAAAACUGAAGAUAUUUGCAAGUUUGAGGAAAAUGGAUCCGAACUAGAUAUUUGGGAAUCGAGUACGCAGGGAGAUUUGUUAGAGUGCGCAUUAAUUUUCCUCGGAUCUCUGCUCGAAAAUAGCUCGCAUUGGAAGCAAGUUGCAUCUUUGAUAGAGAUGAAAGAUUGCCUGAAGUACAUUUGCAUUCCAAAUGUGACAUUUGAUUAUGUUUUUUCAAAUGCCCUAUUUUCUUUGACCUCAAUAAUCAAGUUUGUGGACCACGAGCGUCCAGCUUUUGCACUUGAGGAUCUCAUGACUGCUAUAUCUAAGUCAUUAGCUGAUUUGAAAGAAUUCAUUUCAUUUGACAACGAUGAAGCUUCGUUCUUCGACCAAUAUGAUAAGAACAGCGAAGAAGCAGCACUUGAAGGUGGAAAAGUGUUCUCGAAGCUUGGAAUUCUAAACUGUCUGUUGUAUGUCUUCAGUGACCAUUACGGAUCGGCAAACAAACUGACUGCUAGUAGCAUGCAGCAACUGUCUGCCUACUUUGCAUCAGAAAAAGGAGUUGUUUUACUGAAAGAAUUGUCUAAGUUCUACAGAAGAAUCACACUUGAGGAAAUCAUCAUUCACACCAGAACGCCGGCCGACGCUUGCAAAGAGGUUUCUGCUGUCAGCAACGAUUUCUCGCCUUUCCAAAUCAGAAUUGGAAAACCCAAUGAGAAGAGCGGUGACUGGGAAGGAUCAAGUGCCAAAUUCAAAAAUUUAUCGGUCAUGUGCUUCCACUUUGCUCGCUGUCAAUCCUGGCUCCGUUAUAUUUUCAAUUCUCUGUGCCGAAUCAGUACGGACAAAAGACAAGAUACUAGAUUUGGAAUGGUUCCAAAGAACGCUGCCCGUGUCGUUGUCGAAUUUUCCGACAUUAUGGUUGAGGUAUUGCGUAAUAUCUGGACCGACAAUCUUGAGAUCAAGACUGGAUACUACCUCGUCAUUGUCAAUUUGAUGUACUCCACUCUGUACAUGAGGUCAAGAAGUACUGAGCAGGUCAACACGAUGAUGGUUAUAUGCUUACUUCAAAAUGGAGGCAUUACAACUUUACGCGAACUAGCUCUCAACUAUUUCAAGUACCUUCAAUCAUUUUCUAAAGAAGAUAUCAGGAAGAAUGAUGAGCUCGAUUAUAUUGACAUUGAUCCAUGCUGCACGACUAUCAAGCUGCUGAAUCAAAUACUCAGCAUUUACACCUCGAUCGCGACAAAAACCAUGAUUGCUCCAAUCCCAUCUCAAGAAAAACUGUACCCAGAUUUGUUCAAAAACGGUUAUCCUUAUUAUCGCGAGCUUUCAAAUUCUGUUCUCAUUCAAACCUCUUUGGCAAGUUUUGGUCUUUUGAAUGAACUUCUCAAUGCAGAGCACCUGAGCAUUUUAGAGACCAAGGCAGAAAAUAUCCCUCUCAACAUAAUUGAGAAGUUGAUUGCAAUCAGUAAGAAUUUCUACUGCUCGGUUUCGACAUCACAGUCUCCUACCUUUGACGGAAGACUUUAUCCACUUUCCUAUGAACAAGUUUCUCCCUCGACAGGAAAACUUGAAUAUCUCAAGAAUUUGGGAGUCUCUGAAGCUAAAGCUCUAGAUUUCUUAACAUUCUACAGAAAUAGUCUUGACGUUCUCUACUCUGAAGAUGUUGAUGAACUAUAUGAGCAGUUUGAGAGCCCAGAUUCGGCUAAUAUCAGCGAUGGAGACGAGACCAGCUGGGAAAUCGUCAGUACUCGAGCCAAUGCCCAAAAGUACCAGGGGGUGGAAUUUAAUCCAGUUGCACCACAGUAUUUGCAUGUUUGCACCUUGGAUGAUCUCAACUUCCUCCGUGGUGCAAACGAAAGUAAUUUCAUUGAAUACUGGUUGCAGAUUUGUCAACUUUUCCCGAAGGCUGUUUUUCGUGUGUCAGACCUUUUGAGCACUGUUGUUUCAAAGUCAUCGUAUGGUGAGACCAUGGACUACUCAGAAAUUCUGAACUCUGUGUUCAUGAGCAUUUGUUCAUUUGGUUUCGGUUCUGGAAACGAAUCGAGUUUUGAGAAGUUGGCAAGCAUGCUUAACUUAUUGGCAUUACUUCUCGAUGAGCACUGUAUUAAUUCAUAUUCAGAAGUCAUGGACAACAUUCUUUCAAUGAUUGGUGGUGAAAUUACCAAGGAUGCUGCCAAUACUGUUUGGUUCCCAAGUGCGCUUUUGGUGUUUGAAAAAGUCAUGACUUUCUCACGCAUUCCGAUGGCUCCUACUGUUGAGCCAUUUGAGCCAAAAUUCACAAUCACGCCGCCAUUCAACUUCUCGCCGGUGUACUCGGUUGAUCAAGAUAUCUUAAAUGGAGUGUUUCAAUCUGUUCUUGAAGUGGAUCACAUUGAAAAAAUCGAAACUGGUCUGGCAAUUGCCAAGAUCUUGAUCUUAUUCUGCGACUCAGAUGAGAGCGGCCUGCUGAUCAGUAAGUCGAAAGUUAUACGUCCUUUGAUCCAGUCCAUCAGGGAAUAUCCUGACACGGAUUCUAAUCUUCAAGCGCUAGUCAUCACGUUGGUCAGACGCUGUAUGGAGUCUAGAGAAAUCAUCGAAGCUCAAUUCUCGAAAGAGCUCGAUAGACUUUUGCACGCUCGCAAGUCGCAAUUUUCAUCAACGUCAAAACCAAAAAUCAGAGAGCUUGCUGGCCUGUUAAAAGAAAACUCUCCAAUGGUGAUGCGCUCCGAUCAGGUCUUUGUUGAUUUAAUCACCGAAAUGUGCAUUCUCCAUCAGUGUACUUCGCCAAUCAAGACCUUGAACAUUUGCAGUUUGACACCAGAGCAGCGCAAGUUCUUGACUGGAAAUGAUGUUAUCAUGAAAGAGGCAGAGACCGAAAGCGUGCGUUCUUCAACCGGACUUAUGCAGAUCUUACUGAGUGAGCUGAUGGGCGUUGCUAAGAAGGACUUUGUCUCCUCCCCUGAAGAUGAAACUCCAGACGCUCAAGAUAAAGAGAAAAAGAAGGGCGAUAUCACGGACAUUUAUUCCAAGCAGGUCAUGUUUAAGAAUACAGAGUGUGCGUAUGCGUGCUUUUUGCUCCAGACUAUUGCCGAACUCUUGUUUUCUUAUAGGCCAGCAAAGACAGAGUUCCUCACCUUUUCCAAAAAGCAAAAUGAUUCUGCCACCAAAGAGAAACCUAGAAGUACUGCUCUAAAUCUCUUGAUUCAUCAAUUCAUAUCCUCGGAUCCUUUCAAUUCUACGACAUCGGCUGAGGUCAAGAGACGCCGUCUUAUCACAUUAUUGGCCAGCGUCUGUAUUGUUGCCUUGGUGUCCUCAGUUCCGAUCAAGGGAAUUAAUUAUGAUGAUCCAAAGAUUGUUGACCCUGAUAUGUCAUUUGUCAGAAAGUUCACUGCUGAUAUACUGAUCAAGGUAAUCAAGGAAGCCAACACCGGCGCUGAAAAUGCUUUCAACCGUUACGGUAAGAUUGUGGAUAUACUCGAUUUGAUUUGCAAACUACUUGGUGAGAAGUUUGAACUAAGUGUUUCUUCCGCCGUUGACAAAACUGUCACUCAAUUUGACUCUUAUUUCUUUGCCCGUGAAUUACUGGACAAGAAGCUUCCUUCUGCUUUGACUAACAUCCUGUCUGAUCUGGACGUCAAUUUUCCAGCUACUGAAAUGAUAUCUGGUGGAAUAAUGCGUUGUCUUUCGUCUUUGGGAUCUAUCAAGGUUUCUAAGCAAGAACUUUUCCGUGAACAUGGUUCAGGUGAGGUGGAAGAGGAAGAUCUUGAUGAGGAAGAGCUUUACGAGCGUGAAGAGACUCCUGAUUUGCUUCGAAACUCCACUUUAGGAAUGUACGAUCUUGAGGAUGUCGAGAAUGAAGAGGACGAAGACGUUGAAGAUGACUUCCUUGAUGAAGAGGAUAUUGAAAUUGUUUACUCAGAAGAUGAAGACAACGAUGAUCCCGAAGGAGACGAAGAAGAUGAAGACGAGAUGAUGGAUUCUGAUAUCGAAGUCUUUGAAGAGGAGGUCGCUGACGAUGACGAUGAUAAUCGAGACGAUGACAGCGAUGACAGUAAUGAUGAUGGGUCCGUUGAUGAACUUUUGGACCGCGGACAGUUUGUCAUCGACAUCGUUAGUGGUUCUGAUGAAGACAUGAGUGACUCAGAGCUCGAUCAAGAAGACGAAUAUGGAGACUAUCCUGAACAAGAAUUUGAGCUCAUUGAAGAGGAGGACGAUUUUGAUAAUGAAGAUGAAGAUGACGAAGACCUCAAUAAUAGUGAUGACGACAGUGCGAUUUUGGAGGAAUGGAUCACUGAACACGAAAACAGCGAAAGACACAGACGUGGAUCCCUUGCUCGCCAAUCUAACAUCCGCGCCACUAGAAAUGACUUCUUCACAGAUGGUGACUUGUCGAAUGAAGAAGAAGAGGAUGAUAUCUUCCAGAGAUUCCAUUCUAAUCCGUUUGAGACUGGUGGAAGUGAUACCCCUGAGCUCCAGAUAUUGAGUAGCAACUCGAUAAUUCCGCAAAGUGAAAGCUUGCGGGAGUCUGGUGAUCGUUCAGGGUCCGUGUUCUUCCAUCACUGGAUCUUCCCUAGACAAGGAAGUGGUAGGGCCCAACUUCUGCCAGUCCAUGGUGGACGUUUAACGGAUAUAUUACGUGCUUUGAAUGGGCACUCCUCAACACAAUCGUCGAAGAAGCACCAGCAGGUUCCAAACAUUUACAUCAAGUCCACGGUCCAGCGCUGGACAGAGACUGUUGCUUUGUUCUAUGGCAAGAACGCGACAAAGUAUGCUUGUCGUGUGAUUCCAUCUAUUGUGAAUCGUAUAUUCGACAAGAGUAUGAAGAUCGCAGCUGAGGAAAAGCGUAAGGAGGAAGAGAAGCAAGAAAAGAUUCGUAAGGCUGCUGAAGAAAAGGAGGCCAAGCGGAGAGAGGAAGAAGAACUUGCUGCAAAAGCUAGAGCCGAACAGCAACAAGAGGAUGAUGUUGUUCAUGAUCCAAUUUACGUCACCAUUGCUGGUCGCGAAGUUGACAUCAGUGAGACUGAUAUCGAUCCGGAAUAUCUUCAGGCUCUUCCAGAGGACCUUCGUGAGGAGGUUUUUGCACAGCACGUUCGUGAGAGAAGGGCUGAAGCCACCACUAGCGGCGACCAGAUUCCUGAAAUUGACCCGGCAUUUAUGGCUGCAUUGCCAGAUGAGUUGCGAAACGAAAUCAUGAGGGACGAGUACCGUGCAUCUUUUGAAAGCCGUAUUAUGCGCUCUCUUGGUGAUAGAGAUGAUGAGUUCGAAGAUGAUGAUGAUGAUGAUGAAGUUGAGGGGGCUGAUGAUGAAGAAGAGGAUGCUAAAGAAUCUAAAGACAAGAAACGUCAAAAGAUUUUCUUUUCUCCAAUGGUCGAUAAAGCUGGUGUUUCUGCGUUGAUGAAAAUGAUUUAUCUCCCGCAGUUGUACUACAAGCGUGAGAGCUUUUUUAGAACUUUGGGAUACUUCUGUUACAACAAGCAGACAAGAAGCGAGAUUGUGUCUAUGUUGUUGUAUGUCCUGCAAGAAGGAAUCAAUGAUCAGAUUUCUUUGGAAGCUAGCUACCAACAGUUAUGUCAAAGGUCACAAUUGCAAGCAGAUCAUCUCGGUUCUCCUGCUAAAUCCGCUCAUACAACAGGAACAGCCUCUUCCUCAAAAAGCUCUAGUUUCCCAACAGGUUGUACAAUUCUCACUGUUGCAACACAAGCGAUAGAUGUUAUUCAGUAUCUUUUGGAGAACGAGAAUCAUAUGCGGUUCCACUUCCUAAUGGAUCAAGAGAGCAAUCCUCUUUUGAAAAAGCUUGCAAAGAAGCAUAAGAUGAAAGAUAACAGCUACCGUUAUCCUAUCAACAUUCUUCUGAACCUGUUGGACAAUAACUUGAUCAAGGAGGAUACUAAUCUAAUGGAUAUUCUCUCCAGAACGUUCCAAAUUGCAACCCGUCCAUUACAAGCCAUUCGUGCUAAGCUGAACGAGUUGGAUGAUCCAGACAAAAAACAAUCCAAGAUCCCACAAUUGCCUGUUAUUCCAGAUAGAAACUUGAAGCAGAUCAUCAAUAUUUUGGUUGCGGAUGAAUGUGCAAGCAAAGUUUUCCAACAAACAAUUGCUUCGAUUCAAAACCUCUCUUUGAUAGAAAAUGCAAAGGUCGUUUUCCCUCGGGAGCUUUCAAAGAAAGCAACUCAUCUGAGUCAGAAGAUUUCCGAGGACCUUCGCUCACUGAUCAAUGAAAUGCAAAGUACUGAUGAGUCCGAUGACAUUCCAAUUCUAGCUAGCUUUGCGAAUGCAUCAUCUGACCAGGCAAAACUGCUUCGUGUUCUGACUGCGCUUGACUACUUGUUCCAAUCUAAACAGAAUGGAGCACAAGAAUUCUCUGAAGUGGAUGAACUGAAACAGUUGUACAAGAAUAGCGCUCUUGGACCUUUAUGGGGUGCAUUGAGUGACUGUCUGUGUAUUUUGAGAGACACUCCACGCCUUGCACAUAUCGCAACUAUCCUAUCUCCACUGAUCGAAGCAUUGAUGGUUGUCUGCAAACACAGCAAGGUUGAAGAUCUACCUGUUCGUGAUGUUCUCAAGUAUCAGGAGAAGGUGUAUGAUUUUGCCAAUGAACCUAUUGAAAGUUUGUUCUUUUCAUUUACCGAGGAGCACAAGAAGAUUUUGAAUCAAAUGAUCAGAAACAAUCCGAAACUGAUGAGCGGCCCAUUCUCUGUGCUGAUCAGAAAUCCAAAGGUUUUGGAGUUUGACAACAAGAGAAUAUACUUCGACCAUCAGCUUCACAAUGAAGAUGAAGAAAGACCAACUCUACCUGUGAAUGUGAAGAGAGAUCAAGUGUUCUUGGAUUCGUAUAGGGCCUUGUUCUUCAAAUCUCCUCAAGAUAUUCGGAAGUCUAAACUGGAUAUCCAAUUCAGAGGUGAACAAGGUGUUGACGCAGGUGGACUGACCAGAGAAUGGUAUCAGGUUCUAUCGAGACAAAUGUUCAAUCCAGACUACGCACUUUUCACACCUGUUGCAUCUGAUAAGACUACAUUCCAUCCUAACAGAACCUCAUGGGUCAAUCCGGAGCAUUUGUCUUUCUUCAAGUUUGUUGGAUUGAUUAUCGGUAAGGCCGUUUACGAUGGGUGUAUGUUGGAUUGUCACUUCAGCCGUGCGGUUUACAAGCGAAUUUUAGGCCGCCCUGUCUCGUUGAAAGACAUUGAAUCUUUGGAUCUUGAUUAUUACAAGUCUUUAGUUUGGAUGCUUGGUAACGACAUCACAGACAUCAUCGUGGAAACUUUUUCUGUUGAGACCAAUGAUUAUGGAGAAGAAAAGGUUAUUGAUUUGAGACCUAACGGCCGUGACAUCCAGGUGACAGAGGAGAACAAGCAAGAAUAUGUCAAAUCUAUUGUUGAAUACCGUUUGAAGACCAGUGUUCAAGAGCAAAUGGAGAAUUUCUUACAAGGAUUCUAUGAGAUCAUUCCAAAGGAUCUUAUUGCUAUCUUUGAUGAUCAGGAGCUGGAACUACUUAUUUCUGGACUUCCUGAUAUUGAUGUUGAUGAUUGGAAGAAUAACACUAUCUAUCAAAACUACUCAGCAUCUUCCCCUCAAAUUCAAUGGUUCUGGCGUGCUGUCAAGUCAUUCGAUGCAGAAGAGAAAGCUAAGUUGCUUCAAUUUUCUACAGGUACCAGUAAAGUUCCUUUGAAUGGGUUCAAAGAACUGGCUGGUAUGUCUGGAGUCUCGAAAUUCAGCAUUCACAGAGUCUACGGUUCAACGGACCGUCUUCCGUCUUCGCACACCUGUUUCAACCAGAUUGAUUUGCCAGAAUACGAGAGCUACGACAAGCUACGUGGCUCGCUCCUUUUAGCUAUUAUGGAGGGUCAUGAAGGAUUUGGGUUUGCCUAG